UUGUUUGAAAAUUUUGUUAUUGUUAUUGCUGCCGCUAGGAGCGAAAAGAUUGAUUACUUUCAGCAGAUUACGCAGAAGCAAGGCGGUAGGGUAUUUUAAUCGUGUCAUUUUAUAUUGGAAGGUUCAGCAUCGCAGUAGACUGACAAAAAAAAAGUGAUUCAGUUUAUUGUAUUACCAACAGCUCAGUGACAAAAACACAAGCAGAAGGGUAGAUCUUUAAUUACUGAUCAACUAUUACGGCUUGUGGAGAAAUUGGACUACAGACUCGAAUGGAAUUUGAAAUCAGGAAUGUUUCAGCCUAGAUGAUCUAGUGUGCUGUGACUAGUGGAGAAAAUCUAUUCCUUUCUGUUACAAAUUCUUAUUCAAACUAGAAGCAAAUAUACGAUUAGGAAAUUUUAUUUCCGUAUGUAACAAUUUGGCGACAAGGAACAGGAAAAUUUUGUGACAAGGUGCUUCAUCAUGAUAAUAACGACGCUAGUCAUCAUGAUAAUAAAGAAUUUAUUCAUCGAAUUCAAGCAUUUAUCGGAUCUCAAACAGUAUCAUGCAAACUACAUAAGAAAUAUAGAACAUAGAAAGGAAUCGAGAUUACCUUCAAUAAUGUCCUACAAGGAACGAGUUGAAUCAUUGCCAACCACACCAAAUUUCACAAGCAGCGAUGACUAUGACUAGGACACUAUUGAAAAUUUAGUGAAAACGGCGAAGAGUUUUUCGCCUCCUCUGGAAUGCCACAAGGAAGCCAGCUGAGACUUUUGGUCUUGCUACUUUACUUCAAUGAAGUCAAUUUUUGUCUGGAAGCUCGACGUGUACCGUUUGCCGAUUACCCUUAAAAUGUAUCUUAAAUUCCACAACAGCGAGGAUGUUACUUCUCUCCAACGACAACUAGAGAGUUUCUCUCCUUUCAUCACACAGACAUUUGGAAUGAUUUGAUAUUUUUGCGUAGAGUUUGUAUUUGCGAGGUUCGUGAGUCCCGUUUUAACGGAAAAAAUCGAUUUGACACAAAAAAUCAUCGUUGACUUCGUAACACUCCAUCUCACCGGUGUCACGUAAUAGCACGAUGCCAAAGCCGACCAUUUUCGUGGGACCGGAAGAAGGUCAACAGUCGCUCUUGGAGGCAUUCUUUUUUAAUGGUUGGAUUUUUUAUCGUUAGGUAUGGCUUGCUGAAUACCAAGUACCGGAACAUCUAGGCGGAACUUGCUGACAAAAAACUACAGGUCGUGGCAUCUACUUUAAUGAACGUAUUGUCAUCCAUUACGAUGCAUUUCGGUUCCACCAACCACUCGCAGUACAGCUUCGAGAUUUGGUAACCGUUUUCUGGUUACCGGGCCGACUAGGCGCCUCCCUUACCCUGACGACAUGAAGUCUGACUCGCUUCACUGUCCGUUUACUAGACGAACCAGACAGAAGAAUUACCCUUCUUGGUCACACCCCGAAUCGAAAGGCUCGGAUCAUGGAUCGGUAAUUGUUUCGCAAUCCACCUAUGGGACUGACCGGAAUUUUCCAUGAAAUGCCACAAAAUCGUAGAAUUUGAACCUAAUUGAAGAACUGAUCACGAACAUUAGCUGUUUUUCCGCCACUGCUAUCUUCAAUUUAUUUGACAAUCCAGUAUUCAGCUGUUUAGCCCCUUGAGCUGCGACAACUUCAUAGACUAAACAUUGGCUAAAUCGGUUUUUCUAAUGCUGAUGACUUUGCUGGAUUUGAGAAUGAAUCGGUUCAGGAGGAGUAGAAAAACGUUACAGGAGAACUGCGCUGGUCUGCAAGGCCGAACAUUGGAGGUUCAGAGAAUCCAUCGGGCUAACUGGGACAACAGUUACCGAACCAAGAAGUUAUGCACAUGCUAUGGCAAGUCUUGAAAGCGACAAAUGGAAAGCAGCAAUGAUGGAGGGAAUGACUUCCUUACGAGAGAACGAUACGUGAGAAAUUGUCAAACUACCGGUGGGUUGCAGAAAUGGGUGUUCAAGCGCAAAGAAGAUCCUAGCGGGAACAUUGCUCGUUCCAAGGCUAGGCUCGUUGCCCAAGGGUUCAACCAGAAAUUUGGGAGUAAGUAUGAUCGAAUUUUUGCGGCGGUGGUGCUCCAAACUCCUUUUUCUGGUGGCUUUGACACUUGCGAGUAGCCUUAAAAUGUUGGUAGACAAGUUGACAUUACGACGGCGUAACUAUAUGGUGAACCUCAGAGGGAGAUAUAAUAGUCAGCUCCGAGGGUAUGAGUGCGAGGAUACAACUACUGUUUGUCAUCAAAACACCGACUCUGUAUGGCUUGAAAACAAGCUUUGGAUUCCUGUCUGUAUUCGAAGAAGUUCAACGGUUGUUACGUGUAUGUACUGUUGUACGUAGAUGGUCUCAUCGCUGUCUGCAAUACCGAGCAGGAGUAUGGACCGUCGAUAAAGGUUCUAGAGCCAAAUUUGGAGAUAAUCGAGCUGGGAGAUCUUUUGUGUUUCCUUGGAAUCCAAAUGCGCAAGACAAAUGAUGGGUAUGUACUCAAUCAAAAAUCGUUUAUGAUGAAGACUAUUGGAUGGUUUGGAAUGGACAAGGUUCCGAUGGCGAGUGGCUACUUACAACAACAGCAGGAGGAGAGUUGUCGAGCUUGUGGCUAUCUGCGUCCUGGGGCAACGGGUAUCUAAACCAACAAAAGCCGAUUGAAUAGAAGCCAGGAAAAACUCCUCCGUACCUAAAAUGAACGGUUGACCUUGAGUUUAUAAUACCGGUUUUAUGUUCAAGUUCGGUGGUGGGCUCAUUGAUUGGUGCUGUAGGAAACAAUCGAGUACUGAAGCCGAGUAAAUCACAUUGGUGGAUUGUGUUCAGGUAGGCCGGGAGGCAAUGUACAGGCCUGUGAUCGAGCUAGAGAGCCUGCACACGGUAACAAACGACAACGGUCAACGAUGCGUAAACUUUGCAGCCUCCCGAGAAAUGGUAGUUCGAAGCACCUUCUUCCCCCGCAAAGAUAUCCACAAAGCCACCUGGAGAUCACCUGAUCAACAUACGGAAAAUCAAAUCGACCACGUUCUCAUCAACGGGCGAUUCUUCUCCGACGUCAUCAAUGUCCGCACCUACCGCAGUGCCAAUAUUCAUUCUGACCACUACCUUGUCGCGGUUUGUAUGCGCUCAAAACUUUCGACGGUGCACAAUACUCGUCGCACAGGAACGCCGGGACUCAAUCUCGAGCAGCUACGUAGCAUUCGUACUGCAGAGGAAUACGCGCAACAACUGGAGCUAGUGCUACCGACGGAAGAGCAGCUUGGUGCGGCGACUCUUGAAGAUGGCUGGAGGAAUAUAAGGUCCGCCGUGAGGAGCACUGCUUCAACCGUACUAGAUACGAGGUUAUCGAAUCGAGGAAAUGACUGGUUUGACGGCGAAUGUCAGCAGUUGACCGAAGAGAAGAAUGCAGCAAGGGCGAGGAUGCUGCAACACCGCACUAGAGCGAACGAGGAACGAUACAGACAGGCACGGAACAGACAGAACACGGUUUUCCUGAGGAAAAAGCGCCACCAGGAAGACCAAGAUCGCAAAGCGAUGGAACAGCUGUACCGCGCAAAUGACACACGGAAGUUCUACGAGAAGGUGAAUCGCUCACGUAGAGGCUACACGCCACAGGCCGAAAUGUGCAGAGAUACCAGUGGUAACCUUCCCACGAACGAACAUGAGGUGAUCGACAGGUGGAAGCAAUACUAUGACGAGCAUCUGAAUGGCGAAGCACAGGAUACAGAGAACGACACAAGAAUCAAUCUGGGUGCACGCUCAGCCGACGACAGAUUGCCAGCCCCUGAUCUGACGGAGAUAAGUGAGGAGAUCGGCAAGCUGAGGAACAACAAAGCCGCGGGCAAUGAUCAGUUACCAGGCGAGCUGCUCAAACAUGGAAAAGAGACACUGGCUAGAGCGCUGCAUUGGAUGAUUUCUAAGAUUUGGGAGGAGGAGAUUCUACCGCAGGAAUGGAAGGUUGGAGUGGUAUGUCCCGCCUACAAAAAGAGCGAUAAGCUAGAUUAUUGCAAUUACCGCGCAAUCACAUUGCUCAACGCCGCCUACAAGGUACUCUCCCAAAUCCUUUGCCGUCGUUUAUCACCAAUAGCUAAGGAAUUCGUAGGGCAGUACCAAGCGGGAUUUACUGGAGCCCGCGCCACUACGGAUCACAUAUUCGCGAUAAGACAAGUGCUCCAGAAGUGUCGUGAAUACAACGUACCCACGCAUUACCUAUUCAUUGACUUCAAAGUGACAUACAACACAAUCGAGAGAACAGCUAUGGCAGAUCAUGCACGAAUACGGUUUCCCGGAUAAACUGACGCGAUUGGUCAAAGCAACGAUUGAUAUAGUGAUGUGCUACGUCCGAGUAUCUGGGACGCUCUCGAGUCCCUUCGAAUCUCGGAGAGGGCUACGUCAAGGUGAUGGACUUUCUUGUAUCUUGUUCAAUAUUGCCCUGGAAGGUGUGAUUCGAAGAGCGAGGAUCGACAUGAGUGGCACGAUCUUCCGAAAGUCGGUACAACUUUUUGGCUUCGCUGACGAUAUUGAUAUUGAAACACGUAACCUUGAGAAGAUGACGGAAACCUACAUCGGACUGGAAGCUGAAGCUAGGCCUAUCGGACUGGCCAUAAAUGCGUCGAAAACAAAAUACAUGAGAGGAAGAGGCUCUAGAGAAGAAACACUACGCCUCCCACCACGAAUAUUGAUAAACGGUGACGAUAUCGAGGUGGUUGACGAGUUUGUGUAUUUGGGCUCACUGGUGACCGCCGACAAUGAAACCAGCAGAGAAAUACAGAGAUAUAUUUUGGCAGGGAAUCGUGCGUACUUUGGACUCAGAAAAACUCUUCGAUCGAGAAAAGUACGCCACCGCACGAAAUUGACCAUCUACAAAAUGCUCAUUAGACCGGUUGUUCUCUAUGGCCAUGAGACCUGGACUAUGUUGGCAGAUGACCAACGCGCCCUCAGUGUUUUCGAAAGAAAGGUACUGAGGACCAUCUAUGGCGGAGUGCAGAUGGAAGACGGAACGUGGAGACGGCAUAUGAAUCACGAAUUGCAACCGUUUGCUAGGAGAACCACCCAUCGUACGGACACAGCUAAAAUCGGACGUCUACGAUGGGCUGGGCAUGUCAUAAGGAUGUCGGACGACAGCCCAGUGAAAAUGGUUCUUGAAUCUAAUCCGACUGGUACAAGAAGAAGAGGAGCGCAGCGAGCAAGGUGGAUCGAUCAAGUGGAGGGUGAUCUCCGAAAGAGCAUCCGUGCCUUGAGUGGCUGGGGACGAGCAGCCAUGGACCGAGUUAUGUCGAGACGUAUUCUUGAUGCAGCAAAGGACACCCCUGGCCUAUAGCUGUUAGGUAAGGUAAGGUAAGGAUUGUCUUUAAGAGCUCCAGUGGUUACGCAAGCUGAUGGUGGACAUGGGAAUACGCUUGAAAUAUCCUGUCGUCGUUCGAGAAGAUAUUCACAGUUGCAUUGCUCUAGUGGCUACAGCAGUGAAGCUACAGUAGUACGGCUAUUGGAGUGAAGUCGAGCGAAGCUGAGGAGGAGUGCAACAAUGUCUAAAUCGAACUGUCGUUUUUAUUGUUUCCGCUAAAUAAACCUUACUUUUAUUUUUCACUGUCACACAGUACACACAUGUUUUACUUUCCGUGUUCCGAGCUCUCGUGUUUCGUUUGGGGCCACUGCGACAUUGAAUGCUCGCCAGACAACUUGGUUUAAAAUCAAAUAGACGUAAGGUAAAAUCCAUGAAGGCAGUAGUGCUGAACUGUCAAGGAUUAACGCUUGUUCAUUUUUGAUGUCACGAUAAGAAAUCUAAUCAAACCCAAGUGCCAAUGACAGUGUCUCGAUCUCUUACAAUUAAUACGGUAUUAUCUGCAAUCUUCCAAAUUAACUCUAUACGUUGAAUAAUGGUUAAAUCCACCAAACUUUAGAUUUGUACUAAAGAAAUGAUCGAAAAAUACAGGAAUAAGUGUAAUAAUUCGAAAAGAAACUAAACAACGAGAAACUGUCAAAGAGAAAGUAAACGAGAAACAGCGAGUGAAUAAGUAAAUAAAAGAAUGAUUGAAUCAGAGGAGUGAUUUAUUGAACGGAUGAGUGAAUGACUGGACGAGGGAGUGAUAGAAUGAAUGAAUGAAUCACAAAGCAGUGAGUUUGUGCGUAUAUCGUGAAUGAGUAAGUGAAUGAAUGAAACAAUGAAGUGAAUAAA